AGCUUAUAGCGAAGGUUCGCUGUUCAAAAAUGGCUACCGCCUUGUCGCAGUCACCGGACCGUUUUGGCAAUUCGAAUCAAUCUCGCGCCUAUUUCCCUUCCCACCAAACCAGCAGCGGCAGGGACACCUUUAUUUCGUAGCCGUUGAAACAGUUUAUGCCGUAUCAGCGUUUCCGUCGGUGCGGCAAAUGGAGUUCACCUGUGACCGUGCUCUUUCUCUUUGCCAUUCUGGUCGCGUGUGUUCGACCGUGCACGCGGUUGCACAAAGUAACAGGUUAUUAUCGUUAGUCUCGACCGUUUCGUGUUUCACUUAGCGGUUUUCGGAAAGAGGCUUCAUCCUCAACUGAAAACUAUUCGUUUCGAGAAUUAGGAACUUCCAGGAACACGCUGGUUGCUCACAUAUUUAGCGAAAAUACGCGAAUGCACGUACAAUUUGCAGAGUUAAUUAAACAAAGAAAAUGAAGCGGAGGAAAAAAAUACGGUGUAGUUUCGAGUGUGAAAACGUUGGCAAGUGACUAGCCGAAAAAUGGCGGAUCAGGCUGGCUAGGGUUGAACCGUCUCCAGGCUUCGACGGGCCUCGUUCGGAACCCCGGUAAUGACGAUAACGAAUCGACGUAAUGGCGGUAGGCAGCCGAUCGUCGACUGCUGGCGACAACGCCGCCGCUUUGGAAUUUGGAGCGUGGCAGAGCUACAUAGGUAGGCACGAGCAACGACGAUUAUCGGAGUCGAUCAUUCAAUUUUGCGCUGCAAAUUGUCCGCGCCGGAAACUCAUAUCCGGGCACUUCCGGUUCUCCCUGGUUCCGCCCCCGGGAAGAGGAAUCUGGCGAAAGGGCGGCCUCGCUGAAUGGCCCGGUUCAAGAGCGAGCUAGGGACCUGAACAACGUUGACAGACUGAAAGAGAGAGAGAGAGAGAGAGAGAGAGAGAGAGAAAGAGAGAGAGAAAGAAACGAGACGGAGAGAGAGCUCUCUUCUGGGGAGAAAGAGAGAAGUAGAGGAAAAGGAAAGGGUGGGAAAGAGAGAAAGAGAGGCCAGGGACAGACAGGAGAGAAUUGAGGAACGGAGAGGUCGCAGGUUGGAUAGACAGCAACAAGCACGAUUUCGAUUGAUUGCUCGUCGUCCUACUAGGGCUUCUCGCGUCAUUACCGAUCUUGCCGAGAAUGGAGCCUCACCUGUGCACUAUCCUGAUCCUCCAUUCUAUUGUUGCUGUUAUAAUCCUUUGUCGAAUGUUAUUCGUUCCUCCUUUAUGUAGAGGUGUUUACAUUCGAUAGACUACCAUGUAGAAAUUGCGUUUUGUUCUAUCAAUAGUCGGAUAUUCGAUGCUUUUGUCGUUAUUGUAUUUGUUUAUCGAAUGUCGCUAGCUUGUACAUAUCCAUGUACUUGCUAUACGUAGGCAUUUAUAUUUGACAAAAUAAUCUGUACACGAUUGUCCUAUCGGGAAGCAGGCGAUGUUCUAUGUAAAAUUAGCGACGAAAAAUUACAACGAAUUCGUCGUUCAUUGGUUUCCUUGAUUUUCGUGGUUUUUCUAACAUCGAGCGUGUCUAAUUUCGAUUCGCGCUUUUUCUAAUUCGAACGAAGGCAGGUUUCCGAAUUCUCGUCCCCCAGAGUACUGAUAAAAUUUGAUUAUUAAACUGGAAGCGCAUCUAAUCCGCGCAUUACUAUUCAUCGCCACACCGCCGUAAAACUGGCGAAUCUAGCGAAAUUAUUCUCGUCAAUCUGUACUCUAUUGGGAGGCGAAUUGGCGUGUGCGCUGCUUUGCGGUCUCUUUGAUCCAUUCUCUUUCCUCUUUUCUUCUCGGUUCUUUUUCCGUGCAAUUUCAUCACGGAAAGCGACGGAAACCAGGAAAUAGCUAUCACGUUUACGUUUUUGCCCGAGGUCGCGAAUAAUCAUAAAAUCUUUUCUCAUAUCCGAUUGUCGGGUGAAAAAAAAUUAUUAGCCGAUUAACCGCGGCGAGCAUAGGGCAAAAGUGACAAGGACAACGGCGAGCCGAUGCAAAUCGGGAUUUGUCGAAUCGAUCGUCGUUCGCAUCGAAGCGGUGAUUAGGCCACAGAUACUAACUAUUAUCGGCUGCGCCUACAAUUAGUGUCUUUUAGCAGGCACGGUCUAAAUUUUCGAACUGUUUCGGCAAACACAUCGUGGCGUUCCGCGUGGAUGAUGAUACUGGCUUCAUUAACAGUUUAUACUCCACUUAACCGGCUCGUUUGUGCGGAUUACGCUCGAGAAGAUCGCCCUAUAAACUCUGCCGGAUCGCGAGCAGAAGUCUCGUAAAAUUAUGCAGAAUUCGGCUGGGUCCCACUUAUGAGAACGUAUCGGCGAGCCGACGUCCGCCUCCAUACGGAUUACAUGUUUUCCUAUUAACGCAAAUUCCAUCGAUACACUCGUUUCGAUAUAGAUACAGCGGCGAUUCUCGAUUCGAUGCGCACUCGCGAUAAUCUCGCGAUCGUUCUUCCCAGAGUGGAUCCGGUGAACGGUCACCGAUGUAUGAAAAUUUACACGGUCCGAGCGGCUCGUCGAACGAGCGCGAUUUCUUGCUUCGAUUAUUCCUAAAACUGCGUCGCAGAAAUUGAAUUCUCAGGUAAUCAAGCAAUACAAAUGCAAAUACCAGCUCGAACGGCCGCGUUAUCACCGCUUCGAAAUAUUCCGCAUAAAUAAACAAUCGACGGCUACGAGUUACAUUCAUUUACAAUAUCGAUCGACCAACGUGUUGCCGUUAAACCGGGCGUCGUUGAUCAAUCAACGAUCUUGACGCGCGUUCGAUCGUCGAACUACACCGCAGUGUUUUUUCCCUGAUAUUCAGAAUGCCAGGUUCCGACGAUUCUCGCGAUCUCUCGCUAAUUUCGCCACGACACCAAUUGUUUGUCGCGAGUUCUACGUCGAAGCGGACGCGGACGCGGUUCUCGGGUCAGAAUCACGCGAGUCGCGGUCCAAUUCGUCACUGUUCGCGUCGACGUGUUUCGGGGUUGAUCGGUGUCGAACGAUCGUUGGACGAUUCGUGCGAUUCGUAACCGUGAACAAAUAGCCAAUUAUUCUUUUCCAAGUCAUUACAUCGUUCUGCGAGAUUUACUGUUCCGUUUCAUUCGUGCAUCGUUCGCCUCGAUUCGCCAAUCAAAGCGACAGUUUGUAACGCUUCGCAACGGUGUCAGUUGAUUUGUCAACGUUAGAGCUCGUGUUAUUCAUCCAUAUCGAGGACAACGACGAUAGACUAUGAAUAAUAGUCAAUCCAAUAUAACGACGACUUGCGAGUUGAAAACUCGCGAUGCGCCGACAGCGAUAACCCUAUCGUCAGAGGCUGAUGGAAAAGAGUACGUGUUUUCGCCUCGAGGAAGAACGUCGCAUCCACGGGGACAAAACAUGUCCUUGACUGCCGUUAUAAACCAUCGACGAGGUCUUCUCGGAGCAUUGAUUUCAGGGUUAGGCAGUAACAUGUCGCUACCCUCCUGCAUCCCUCAGGAUCAGGAAUUUGUAACGGGACACACGACAGGAUGUAAAAUACCGUUGUUAAACAAUCGGAAUCAUCCGGAGAGGAACGAUCACGAAAGGCAACGACCCAAUUUCCUACCACUGUCACCUGUCAACACGGCUUACGUGUCUGUAAACGCUUUGGAACCAGCGAAGGUCAAGCAACAGAUGAUCGAGCAACGACCAAAAUUGACAGAGAAAAGAAAGUGUCACGCGGAAAUGGUGUCCAUUAUGAGUACUCUCUACGCGAAUUUGUUGAUCGUAGUUGGACUCGCUGUACCUAUCACUGCUAAUGUGACGGAAAGAGUUCCAGCAUCGUUGAAUCAGGGUUUCUACUUGUAUUUAUACGUAGUCAGCGUCACGUUCGUGAUCUCUUUGUACGUAAUGGUAUGGAGGGACAAAGCCGAGAAGAAUAUGGCGCGGAGAAACGAGAAGGAAGAGGCGUUAAAAUUCGACGAGAAGGGCGAUCGCGUGAACGCGUGUCAGACGCAACAGUACGGCAGCUUUUGUCUGAGACUCGGCGCAGUGGGAUUUGGCGCUGGCUCGUUGGUAUUUACGGGAUUGCAAAUUGGGGCGGAAAUAGCUUCCGGUCCGUUCAGGGCGAUUACACCGGGUGCCAGGCUGCUGCUAGUUACGGCCCAGAUGCACUUUAUAUUUCUCAACAGUAAAAGUCUCAACUUGGCCAAGCACGCCGCUCUCGCCAAGUUAGGCCUGAUGCACAUGAUCGCGACUAAUCUCUGCGAAUGGUUGCAGGCGUUGGUCGAGGAAACGCAACACGAGAUCGAUCAGCUGGGCUACACGCACGACGACGAUGACGGUAUCCUCAAGUCGCUUCUGAGAGACGCCAGCCCGUUCCUUUUCCCGUGCACAAUUGAAUUCAGUUUAAUUUGCGCGGUGAUACUGUUCGAGAUGUGGAAGAGGGUGGACGAGAAGAUCGAUGCUAAAAGCGAGAUCCCGACGAGAUCUUCGUAUCACCUUAGCAUAGAUUGCAGCAGCUCUCACAAAGGUCUCUUUGGCGGAAUUCUAGUCGUUGCCGCGACGAUAUUGAGCUUGAUCAUGUUCUUCGUGCUGAAGGAGGCCAAGAUGAAGAUCGCGAUCGUUCAGGUUACCUCGUUGGACGCGACUAUACUUAUGUUAGGUAUGAUCGCUUCGGUCGCUGGGACAUUGAAAUUGCAAGCGUUGCAGCAAAAGAUUAUCAAGCCAUCGGACUUGGAUACCACCCUGUUGGCGGCAGCUCAAGCUGGGGUCUAUCUGCAUUGUCUGUUCGGAGUUGUUGGUGAUAUAUUAACAAUGGGUCCGACCUGGGUACUAUCGCUUAUCACAGAUUUAUUGGCCCUGGUACAGAGCACGAGCCAGACACUGCUUAUUAAAAAUGCGUGGGGAAGACGUUGCUCCAGAAACGACAAGCCUGGCAAGGAACUGAUCACCUUUCUGAUAGUCGUGAAUAUCGCCCUAUGGACAGUGAACACACUGGAGAAAUCUCGUGCGGGGGUUCGUCCGGAUCAUUUACGGUUCUUCGGUGUAUGGGCAUGGACCAUCAUAACGCACGUGUCUAUGCCAUUGGCUAUAUUCUAUCGGUUUCAUUCGGCGAUAUGCCUGUUCGAAAUAUGGAAGACGUGUUACAAAUGUAGAUCCAACAGCGUCGUUCAAACUCCUUACUAAGUCAUCCGAUUCAAAACGAUGACUUUAUAGUACGGUUAUUUUGAUAAAAUUGUUACUUUUCAUAAAGAGUACAUGUAAAACACACAAAGAAAUUGCGUUAUCCUUCGACGUUCCAUAAUUACCAUUUAACUUGGCAAACACAAAAGAGAAAGAGAAAGAGAGGCAGAGAGACUGAGAGAACAGGAAAAAAGAAUGAAGAAAAGAGGACUGGCGAUCCUUCGCAAAUAACAACGUUACAAGACACAAAAGGCAAACUUGUCCGCAACGUUUACUACCUUGCACGGGAACUUCUAAGCUGGCGCCAAAGACAAAGGCUAAAAGGGCCGUUUCAAAGCCUUCUUCGUUGACUGCGACGAUGUUGGCGAGGACGAGGACGAGGACGAGGACGCGACGUGCCAUGCUCGACGCAAAUCGAUAGAGGUGCGUACUUUUAUCGGUGUACCACAGAGAAAAGAUAGACGGUAACGAUGAUGGUGGACGGUCGACAGUUUGAUACGGUUUACGGUAAACACAUUUCGGUAGCAAUCACAUCACGAGGCAAGCAAGCCUCGCUGCAGCGAGAAGUAGGUGAUGCUUCGGUGGUUGGAGAAAGCGAGCGAGUGGACGGUGAAGAGCUCUUAGCCAACCCUUUGUUGCUCCUGCCACCACUAUUGCACCCUCUUCCUUCAUCACCCUGCCGGUCCCUCUGCUCUGCCCUCUUUAACUCCUACCCUAAACGUAGUGGAGGCUGUACUCUUGACCAAAGGCUUCUGAUUUACUUAGCCUAUCGAGUGCUCUCGGACUCGUCCACCAAGAAUACCGUGUACGCGUCCCGCCCGUGUACCUUGUGUUCCGAAAUUUCGAACUUAAUGCUCCACUUACUGCCCGUCUACCUUCCGCGUCAAGAUUUCGAAGACCUGAUUGCGUUCGCCCUCGU